AUGGCCGGGUUCCAGUUCAAGUAUAUCGUCGCGGCAGCCUUAGCAUUCGGGGUCUGCUGGGGAAUCCGGAGGCGAACCGGUUUCAGAUGGGUCAGAAACGAAGCCCUGGGGUCGAACGGACAAGUGCGACUGUAUUGGACGCCGAGGUUUCACAGGGGAGACAUCGAGUUCUUGUUCGUUGCUCCUAGCACGGGAUGGGUCGGAGUGGGUUUCUCCCCCAACGGCGAGAUGUAUGGGGCCGACAUGGUCGUGGGAGGAGUCAGCAACGGGACGGCCUAUUUCGCCUUGCAGGUCUUGUGUGAGCACCUCUUGUCAACGUCGAGGCCCUCAUCCAGCUCUCGAGUAGUUACUUGCCAGUCUUCAUCCACCUGCUCUCUCACCGUCUCGACAAGCUCUGGUGUCUGGGUGGACCUCGGACGCUGCUUCUCUGAAGCUGCUGAGCCAACGGAAGACAGUAGACUUGACAUACAUAGGGACCAGUUCGGUGUAACAGGCAGCGGCCGCAAUGCCAAGUUUGAACCACGUGAACGCGUAGAAGCAAAAGUUCUUUACGCUUGUAGCGAUAUACAAAUUGAUGAAAACAACCCGCGUUUCACUGAGCUUAUAGAGCUGUCUUUUGAGGACGCGCCUGUGGAGAUCAUCUGGGCAUACGGAGAUAAGGACCCAGGGAUCCUGGAGCAACCUCACUAUCACUUUCGCAACCGGGGGGGACGCCGCCUGUCCAUCCUCGACGAUUUCCCCAUCGCCCUUCUGGAAGAUGCAGUGGAGGAUCCAUCGAAUAACGGAACGGAGAGCAUCGAAUGAGGACGUCAGCAUUUUCACCUCCCCGAUACCCGACUGCCGAACGGCUCUUCUCGUCGCUUCCGAUGUGGAAGUUCACGUCGUCACUUAUUCACCGCACCACAAUUUUAAAAAUAUGUUUAUCCUUCGUCUCCAGUCUUCGCCGAAUUCUUACUGACCCUCGCGGAUCGUUCGAUUCGGCAGCAUUCAAUUCCAUGA